AUGGUACAUGAUGAGGAUAAACUCAUUGCUCUGAUGCCAAAGAAAGGAUCCAUAGAUACCGCCAGACAUGAAUGGUUGCAAGUACAAGCAAUAGGAGAUGUGACCUUGCAAGUUGGAAAUGUUAAAAUACCCCUUACAGAUGUACUUUAUGUUCCCAACCUUAGCAAGAAUCUAUUGUCUGUCCCAGCAUUAACUGAAAAUGGUGCACGAGUGAUAUUUGAAGAAACUGGAGCUACAAUCCUCCAACAUGACAGAAGCAUGGUUAAGAGCAAGACCAACCAAUGCCAGAAAAGAUGGGAAGUUCACAGCGACUCCCUAGCAGCACAGCUCAAUGACCCCCUUGAGGGCAUUGAUGAUAACACAACACCAGCAAGGCCCGCAAGCCACAUGAUAAGCAAACUAUGGCACAAACGAUUCGGCCACCCCAGCAGAAACAAAACUAAGCAAAUCCAGGCUCAUUAUUUGGGAAAGGACACACAGCUCGAGCACAACACAAGAGACUGCAACUGUUGCAGUCAAGCAAAACAAACAUGUGCAAGAAUGGAAAGCAGCAAAAUGGAACGAGCACAGGAGCCACUAGAGUUGAUACACAUCAACUUAAUGACAGACUUACAAGGACAUCCAAAUUAUCAUCAUGCACUGGUAGUUGUUGAUGAUGCCUCAUCCUAUGUGUAUGUGAAACUGCUCCUAAGCAAAGCAGAAGCAUUCCCUGCCCUAAAAGCAUGGACCAAAACAGCAGAGAUAGCAACAGAUCGCACAUUAAAGUGUAUUUGCAGUGGUAAUGGAAUGGAAUGGUCAAGCUUAGCAGCAGAGGAAUGGAAGCAGGAAGCAGGGCUUAAGUGGCAGAAAACCACCCCAUACAUCAGCAUACAGAAUGGGAGAGCAGAGUGCACUAUCAGAUCACUCCAAGAGAAGAUGCAUGCAAUGCUUGUCCAAAGAUCGGUGCCAAAAGGACUAUGGCCCUACACCAUCAUGGCUGCUGGACAUGUACUUAACUUGACACCAUCAGCAAAUGCCAACAAAAUUCCAUAUGAAGACUUUCACUGCACGACGGCUCACGGCUUGGCAAAACAAUUGCAUGUCUUUGGUUGCCUUGCAUGGGUUCACCUCCCAAAGAAAGAUCAUGCAGGUAAGCAUGGUGCAAGAGCCAUACCAGGAAUCAUGAUCAGUUAUGAUGAUGAGCACAAGGGAUGGAAAUUCUUCACUCCAGACCACAUGCCAUCCAUCUGGUGGAGCAAUUCAGCUACAUUCCAUGAACACAAAGGUUGGCAUGAUUGA